GCGGGCCCCCCUGGCACUCUCUCUCGAGCGUCGGGGCCGAGCAGUAGUGCAGUAUACGUACGGAACGCGAGCCGGUAGCGGCCGCCUCGCGCUUUUACCCGCGCCAAGGAAAGGAGACAGGAGGAAAAAAACGCAGAAGCCGGAUUUCGCGCUCGCCUCGACGAGAGACAUGACCCGGAUCCCCUUUCUCUUUCGCGUGCCGAGGAUGUCCCCGCGUUGCCGAGAGUGCCGAGACCGCUUGUGAUCCAGAUUCCUUCCGAUAAUUCGUAUUUCGCGCCAGAAUAAACACUGCCGAAACAGUCCGAGGGUGCGCGACGAGCACUGUGUGCAGUUAUAUUUUGUGUGAUUCGCUCGAAGAGAGGGAUAACGCGCAAGUGGAGUGUCCACGGAAUAUGCGGUAGAAUGAUGAGGCUCCAGGAAGGAUGGCUCCCCAUCGGCCUGGCGCUGCUCUGUCUGGUGUGCAGCAUCGGCGGACGCGCGCAGGAGAUCGGCACCGAGGCGACUACUGCUGCUGCUACCACUACAACUGCCGCCGCCGCUACGACUGAGGAUAUACCGGGCGUGAAACCGUUGGACGCCGAUGGCGUUAUUCCGAAGAAGCCCGUCGCCGAAAAGCCCGAGGCCGAUACCAAGAAGAAGACCAUCACCGAUUUCGCCAAGCCCAAGAAGCCCAUCGCCAAGGACGUCGAGCUGACGCCGGCCUUUCCGGGACUGCUGCUUCACGGCGAACCGAUCGUCGAGAUCGGUAGCAGCACGAAGAAGCCGGAGGAUGGCGAGACCACGACGACGGAAACCAUCGCCUCGAGAGCCAGGACGUUGAACGUAUCGGCUGCUGCCGAGCUCGCCAACAUCCUGCACUCCAACACUACCGAUCUCAGCGACGUCAGCAUGGACGACGAGGAUAAGGAGGUCGAAGGUGGCGAGUACAUCGCGUCGCACAACGGCACGGCGGCCAACGUCAGGAUGGUGAAUCCUCUGCCGACGGUCAGCCCGAUGUGCGUCGACGGCAACAAGACUUACGCCGUCGGGGAGAAGAUCGUCAGAGGAUGCGAAGAGCAGUGCACCUGCGCCGAGGGUGGAAAGAUCAGGGAAUGCGAGCCCGUCUGUCAGUCGCCGUUCUUCAGGUCCGACAAGAAAAUCAGCGACCCCUACUGCUUCGCCAGGAACCUGCCGGAGAAUCCCUGCUGCGCGAUCGAAGUCUGCUCCGAUUCGGCUCCCGAGCCCGAGGAGACGUGCGUCUUUGGAAAUACCACAGUGGCUCGCGGACAGAAAGUCGAAGACGGCUGCACAAAGACGUGCAUUUGCGAAGCAGGAGGUCACUUGAAAUGCCAGCCGAGAUGUCCGCCGAACGACACUGCGUCUGGCAUAAACCAACACGACCGUUGCGUCGUGCUUCAGGAUCCGAGCGAUUCCUGCUGCACGAUCACUCUGUGCGACGUCACCCUGGGCGAUCACGAAAUCAAAGCCGAAACUCCGACGGAUCUAGCCGUCAACUUGACGGACGUGAAGGUCCUCAACUCGACGGCCAUCAAACUGAAGCUGUCGUCCAAGACGCCCGACGAGGUGACGGUGGAAAUAUCGGAAAACAAUCACGUGUGGAGCCAAGUGAAGCCUACCAAAGACGGAAUAAUCUCGAAUCUGCAACCGGCGCACAGCUACUUCGUCCGAGUGGUCGACGGUUCUCGAAUCGGACCCGCGAUUCACGUCUCGCUGCUCGCCGAAGUGACAAAGACCAGUGUGACGGAGAAGAGCGAAAAGGGCAGUUGCAGUCACCGAGGCAAAACCUACAAGAUCGGCGCCGAGUGGUACGACGAGUGCAUAGCCUACUGUCUGUGCAACGAGACCGCGCAGACGGAAUGCGUUACCAUCGAGUGCCCCACGGACUUUGGUCUCGACGUCCUCGACCCUCACUGCCUGGAUUGGGAGACUGUGCCUCCGAACCACGUCCCCAAGGCCCCCAAUUGCUGUCCACACGAGGUGCGAUGCAGAAAUAAUGGCUCGUGCGCUUACGAGGGCAAAACGUACGACAACUGGUCCAGAUUGCCGAGCAACGUUACCGGUUGCGAGAAGGAGUGUUUCUGUGAAUUCGGUAACGUUACCUGCAGCGCGGCCUGUCCUCCCGUUACGCCUCAGCCGCCUCCUACUUUGAAUUGCAAAGGUCAAGCAGCGAUGCUCACACAUUUGCCCGGCGACGAUUGCUGUAUGCACUGGGUCUGCGCGCAGACUGAAAACAACGUACCAGGAAAGAACGCGACGAACUACGUAUACCCUGGCCCCAUAGCCCUAGACACAACAGUCAAGAAACCAAAAGAUAAGCCGGAAUCCAGCAAACCCAGCCAGGAGUCACCCUUAGGCCCGUCCUUCCCCUGGCCAAUGGCGCCGCCCACUGCCACUCAUCCGCCUCAGCCCGCCAUGCCCCCCAAUUCCGACGUCGUUCACUAUCCCAUGGAUCCUGGUCACCCCACCAUUCCCUACAUGGGCCCCUACAAUCCCGACUUCAAGCCCACGCAGCCCAGUGUCGAGGAACUGUUCCACUUACCGAGUCACGCCGAAAAGGCGCCUCCUGUCAAGGAGAAGUCCAAGUCCAAAUCCGACUCCAAGAAGCCGGUGGACGCGUUCAAGUCCCACAAAGACGGCAUCGAUCAGUUCCCCGGUCCUCUGGCGCCGGAUCGUUUCCCGGAAAAGACAUAUCCAUCAGAGAAGCCGACUCUGCCGCCUCCGUCCAGACCUCUGAAUCCCAACGUGGCGGUUCCUCUGAAUCCCAACAAACUUCCGGGCCUGAGCAAGGGAUCACCGGAUCACGUGGAACAGCCUCAGUUUAUCCCACUGAACGUCCACGACCACGAUUUCGCCCCUAGCAACGGCGAGAACCUUCCCCCCUCACACUUCGACACACUUCUCGAGAAUCCAGCUGCCGGUCCUCCUUACGCCGGUCCCAUUGGCUCUCGUCCCGAGUCCCCCAACGACCCCAACAACGUCGUUCCCUUGGCGCCGAAGAAGAAGGUGCCCGGCUCUGACAUCUACCCCAGCGAGAAGGGCAAGCCGUCCUCGAUUCUGCCGCCCAAGCGACCGGACAUUCCCCCGAGGAACCCGGAGAACAUCCCCGACGAGCUGUACCACCUGAUCAACCUCCAGCACCCCGGUCUGAUCCAGCUGAAUCACGGCCCUCCCAACGCUCACCCCGGCCUCUACGACAUCCACCAGGAGAUCGCGGGCGGUCCCGCCGACAAGGCCCCGGCACCAGCGCCGUCGCCGCCCAACUACUUCGGGCCAGUGAAGAACAAGCCGGGCAAGCCGCAGAUCUUCACGCAGAAGGACGAGAACGGCCAGACGACGUACCACGUGCACGCGGCCGAGGUGCCCAACUCGCCCCAACAGCUCGAGGAGCUGCUGGCUCACAUAGCGCAGCACGACCCCAACAAUAACCCCUACCAGCAGCACUACCCCGUAGCUGGCCAGCAACCGGCCAAUGUGCCCGCGCCCCAGCCUGGUCUGCCGCCGCGGCAGCAGCAUCCGCUGGACGUUGAUCCGCUGCAGCAGCAGCAGCAGCAGCAGCAGGUCCAGGCUGCUGGUGUGCCGGUGCACUUGGGCCCGCACGGCUUCGUCGCACAAGCACCGCCCGCUCCUGGUCAGUCAGGUUUCGAGCACGGCCUACCACCGAUCGGACAAUUCCCAGGAAUUCUGGGUCCAGGCGGCUCGAACUUGCCGAGUCAACAGGCGUACGAGAUAUCCGUCGAGGAUUUGCGAGCAAUCAGCGGAAACACCGUGCGCUUGAUGUUCACCGUGCCAUCAGUUCUGGUUGGACUUCACGGUCGAGUCGAAGUUCGCUACACCAGUGACAAAUCAAACAUGGACCCGUCAACCUGGAAAUCGCAGACUUUCGCGCCUCCGGGCGACCUCAUCGACACGGAAGACUUGGAGUUCGACCUGAGCGGUCUGAAGCCUUCGACGGUCUACAGACUGAUGAUAGUGGUGAAACUUCGCGAUCUGUCCAACACGCACACCAGCAAAAUCUACCAAGUCCGCACCCUCGACAAGGCGCCGAUCUCGCUGCCCACGGACAUCAGUAUCGACCCCGAGCUCAAGGUCAUCGCCGUCAAUUCCACCUUCGCCGAGUUCGAGUGGAAGAAGUUCACCAAUCAAGAGCUGCAGUUCAUCGAUGGCAUUUAUCUCAUGUACAAGGCUGAAGACGAAAAGACUUACUCCAUUACUCCACUUCUGCACAGAAGUGUCAAUUACUACGUGCUCGACCACCUCAGACCCUUGACGUCUUACGAGGUUCAUCUCAGCACCAAGGACAUCAUCGGGCAGGCUAACGUGCUGGUCGAUAGCAAAACGGUGAAUUUCACAACGACAGCCGAAGCCGAUCCCUACUCGUUUGAGGUGAAGGUCGAGAUCAAGACGAUCAAGUCGACGGAAGUCGAGGUGUCCUGGAACGGUGUGCCACAACCGCAGGAGAAGUACGUCAACAUCUUCCGGGCAGUGUACCAGAGCGACACCGGCAAAGAGGACACCAGCACUUUCAAAAUUGCCAAGAAGGACUCGCCGGCUAAGACGAUAAUCGGCGAUCUGAAACCGGGCACUCGGUACCGACUCUGGAUAGAGGUCUACCUGACCAACGGCAAGAUCAAGAAGAGCAACGUUCAGGACUUUGUUACCAAGCCCGGAGUUCUGCUGCCACCUGGUGCUUCUCAACAGCAAGGAAAACUUGCGUCGAUACCCCUUCACGAAGGUGACUACUAUGGACCCUUGGUUAUAGUUGCUAUAGUAGCAUCAUUGGCCAUAUUGUCGACUCUGAUUCUCCUGAUGAUGCUCAUGAAAAGGAGAACGAGCAGCAAGGCUGACAUAUCGCCCCGAAAAACCACGUCAGCCUACGACAAUCCCUCCUACAAGGUAGAAUUACAACAAGAGACUAUGGACCUGUGAAGAAACAGUUCCUAAUGGUCGCAAUAAAAUUACUUCCGAGCACGAAAUGGCCACGAUGAACGGUAACAACAGCAACGGAAAGGAAACCGCUUAAGAUUGUAUAACUUAUAUAGAUUAUAAAUAUUUAUUUAUGGUAGAGUAAGGAUACAGCUAAUGGCAAGUAGCUAAAAUGCCCUUAUCUUAAGAAUCCGUCCAAUUCAGAGAAUAAGUUUUCCACGUUUCGCCCGAGUGAACUGGAGAAAGCCUAGUUUACGUUUAGUUUUAGUAAGUUACUUUAAGCGUGAAAUUUUUAAUUCAUCAAAAUUUUACCCUACCCCUGUGUUAAAAAUCAAUGAGAAAAAAUCGUUAAAUACUCAAGUCGUGCGUGAAAUAUCCGUCAUACUAUACUAUAUUGUAGAACGCAUUAUUUAUACCCUUAUUAUCGGCAGCUUUUAUUGUUUGUUGGUUCCCGCACGAAGGAGAGUUCUUGAAACGUUGUAAGAAAGUUAUUGUACAUAGAAUUUGAUAUAUAGAGAGAAUAUAUAUAUACAUAUAUACAUAACUAUGCGUAGACUAUACAAAGAUUUAUAUUAUUUUGUACUUAUACGUAAGUUAUUCGUGAAAAUUAUUUCCAUUUGUCUCUAAGUUAUGUUACGUUAUGAAUAUUCAUCUUCAAAAAUGAAAAAAAUUAUAAGUCAAUAAAUUUAGAUUUUAAGUUUUGUUCAUUUGAAUAUUAUGAACAAUUGUUGCGUGUACUUAAUAAUGAUUUAUUCGUAGGUAUAAACUUUAAAGAUGAUUAUUGUCUAAGUGCAAUAUGGAUAUGUGCUUAUAAUAUAAUUUAAACCUUAUUUUUAAGAACCUGGGUUGCGCAAUACCAGUAAUAAUUUUUGUACAGAAAGCAUGUGUAUUAUCAAUAAAAUAUUAUAAUAUAAUUAAA